AUGGCCUCAGCUACACCAGCCAAAAAGAUGAGGGAAGAAGCCACCUGUGCCAUCUGCCUACACCUAAUGGUUAACCCAACAAGCAUCAGCUGUGGACACAGCUACUGUUAUCAGUGCAUUGUGGACUUACAUGAGAACCUAAACCACAUGCAGGGACAGCAAGAGAAGUAUUUCUGUCCCCAGUGCCGGGCCCCAUUUCAAAUGUCAAGCCUCCGGCCCAACAAACAGCUGGGAAGUCUCAUUGAAGCUUUUAAGGAGAUGAGCCCUGAAAUGGUGUGUGGUAAACAUGAAGAGCAGCUCCAUUUAUUUUGUGAAGACGAUGGCCAGCUCAUUUGUUGGCGCUGUGAGCGGAUAGCACAGCACAAAGGACACACCACAGCUCUUGUUGAAGAUGUAUACCAAGGGUAUAAGGAAAAACUCCAGGAAGCUAUGACAAACUUGAAGCAACUCAAUGAUGAAUGCAUGAUUCAAAAGGCAUCAGCAAGAAAGCAAAUAGACAAAUGGAAGGAGAUGACAGAAGUUCAAAGAAAAAAAAUACAGUCUGACUUUAGGACUCUCCACAGUUUUUUAUAUCAGGAGGAGAAGUUUUAUCUUUGGAGGUUAAAGAGAGAAGAAGAAGAGAACCUAAGGAGACUUAGGCAUAGUGAGGAGAAUCUGGAACUGAAGAGCUGUGAACUUAUUAGUUAUAUCAUGGAUCUGGAGGAGAAAAGUCGUGGUUCACCUCAGAAAUUACUGCAGGAUGUGAAGGGCACUCUGGAUAGGUGUGGGGCUGUGAAACUAGAAACACCUGAAACUCACUCUUUGGAGCUUGGCACUGUAUGCAAUGUUCCUGAGCUUUAUUUUGACAUAAAGAAAAUGCUAAGAAUCUAUCAAGUCAGUGUGACCCUGGAUCCAGAUACAGCUCACUGUGAACUGACCCUAUCUGAGGACCGGAGACAAGUGACACGUGGAAGUCCCCAGGAGAAUCUUGACAUGUCUUCCAGGAGGUUCAGUGUCUUCCCCUGUGUCCUGGGCUGUGAGGGCUUCACCACAGGAAGACAAUACUUUGAAGUAGAUGUGGGAGAAGGAACUGGGUGGGAUUUAGGACUUUGCACAGAAAGUGUUCAGAGAGAUAAGAAUAUGAAGCAGAAGCCAGAAUGUGGAUUCUGGACCAUCAGGCUAUGCAGAAGGCAAGGCUACAUAGCACUUAGCUCUCCCCCUGUUAAUCUUCAUCUGAGGGAGCAGCCCCUGGUUGUGGGGGUUUUUCUGGACUAUGAAGCUGGAAUUGUAUCCUUUUAUAACAUGACAAAUGUAUCCCACAUCUUCACCUUUCCACAGGCCUCCUUCUCUGAUACUCUCAGACCCUAUUUCCAAGUUUAUCAAUAUUCCCCUUUGUUUCUACCUCCUCCAGAAGAAUAA